CUCCUCCCCGGCCAUGUGACAAGUGAGAGCUGGGCCGGCUGACUCAGCCGCUCCGUCACGCCGAGUCAGUCUGGGGUCGAACAAUUAUGAAAAAGCAACCUUCCGUUGGAGCUGCAGCCGAAGCGGAUCUCUCCAGCGUCCACCGGGCUUUCUCUCCGAAGCUAAUAACACAGAGCACCGCCGAUAGAUGGCUACAAGCCACGACGCAGCUCCCCCUGAGUCUCAACGGUGACAAGAAUGUCCCAGAAACCCUGGAUAGAAAGCACUUUCACCAAGCGGGAAUGUGUGUACAUACUUCCAGUGUCAAAAGACCCCCACAGAUGCCUUCCAGGAUGCCAGAUUUGCCAACAGCUAGUUCGGUGCUGCUGCGGGCGUCUGGUGCGGCAGCACGUUGGCUUCACGGCCAGCCUGGCCAACAAGUACUCGGACGUGAAGACGGCUGAGAGCGCCGGCGGGCCCGCGCCGGAGUUGGAGGAGUGGUCGGUGGAAAAACACACAGAGGCUAGCCCCACUGACGCCUAUGGUGUCGUUAACUUCCAGGGAGGCUCGCACUCCUAUAGAGCCAAGUAUGUGCGUUUGUCCCACGACUCUCGUCCGGAGAGCAUCCUGCGGCUGAUGCUCAAGGAGUGGCACAUGGAGUUGCCCAAGAUCCUCAUCUCUGUCCACGGGGGCGUGCAAAACUUUGAGCUACACCCUCGCAUCAAGCAAGUGGUGGGCAAAGGCCUCAUCAAGGCAGCCGUCACCACGGGUGCCUGGAUCCUCACCGGAGGGGUCAACACAGGUGUAGCAAAGCAUGUCGGUGACGCUCUCAAAGAGCACUGCUCCAGAUCAUCAAAGAAGAUUUGCACUAUUGGCAUUGCAUCCUGGGGAGUCAUCGAAAACAGGACCGACCUCAUCGGGAGAGACAUCAUUGCUCCAUACCAGACACUGCUCAACCCUCUCAGCAAACUCAACGUUCUCAACAACCUCCACUCACAUUUCCUCCUUGUUGAUGAUGGCACAGUGGGCAAGUACGGUGCGGAGGUUCAACUACGUCGGGACCUGGAGAAGCACAUCAACCUCCAAAGAAUACAUGCACGUAUUGGUCAGGGUGUUCCUGUGGUGGCACUCAUCUUCGAGGGUGGUCCCAAUGUGAUCUUGACCGUGCUUGGUUAUCUUCAAGAGAGCCCUCCCGUCCCUGUGGUGGUGUGUGAGGGAACGGGCCGAGCCGCUGACAUACUGGCUUACGUUCACAAGCAAACUGAGGAAGGCGGCGGCCUACCUGAUGGCGUGGAGGCGGACAUCAUUGCCACCAUCAAGAAAACCUUCAACUUCAGCCAGAGUGAUGCCAUCCAUCUUUUUCAGACUCUGAUGGAGUGUAUGAAGAAGAAAGAAUUGAUUACUGUGUUUCACAUCAGUUCCGAAGAGAGCCAGGACAUCGACGUUGCCAUUCUUAGAGCCUUACUCCAAGGCACAAAUGCGUCUGCCUUCGAUCAGUUGGUCCUGACCCUGGCCUGGGAUCGCGUUGACAUUGCCAAGAAUCACGUGUUUGUGUACGGACAGCAGCUUUUGGUGAGCUCCUUGGAACAAGCCAUGCUGGAUGCACUUGUGAUGGAUCGAGUGGACUUUGUCAAGCUGCUGAUUGAAAAUGGUGUCAGCAUGCACCGCUUCCUGACAAUCAGUCGGCUCGAGGAGCUUUACAACACUAAACAACCACCCAACAAUCCAACUCUCCUCCACCUGGUUAGAGAUGUCAAGCAGAGCAACUUACCUCCAAACUAUAAAAUCACCUUAAUUGAUGUGGGCCUGGUCAUCGAGUACCUGAUGGGCGGAACUUACAGGUGCAACUACACUAGGAAACGCUUUAGAAUCAUUUACAACAAUCUCCAUGGCAGCAGUCGGAGGUCUGGGCGCCACCUGAUGGGCCCGGGCUCUCAUUUGAGGAAAAGUCACGAGUCAUUCAGCAUGCAGGCUGAUAAGAAGGAGAAGACCAGGCACAAUCAUUUCAUCAAGACGGCACAGCCUUACAAACCCAAGUUGGAGUCCACCAAAGAGCAAAAUAAGAAGCGCAACAAGGAGGAGAUCGUGGACAUCGACGAUCCGGAAACGCGGCGCUUUCCCUACCCCUUCAACGAGCUACUGGUGUGGGCCGUGCUCAUGAAGCGGCAGAAAAUGUCGCUCUUCUUCUGGCAGCACGGCGAGGAGAACAUGGCCAAGGCCCUGGUGGCCUGCAAGCUCUGCCGUUCGAUGGGCUACGAGGCCAAGAAGAGUGAUGUGGUGGACGACACAUCAGAAGAGCUGAAGGAGUACUCAAAUGAAUUUGGCACGUUGGCGGUGGACCUGCUGGAGCAAUCGUUCAGGCAGGAUGAGACGAUGGCCAUGAAGCUUCUCACCUACGAGCUGAAGAACUGGAGCAACUCCACCUGCCUGAAGCUGGCUGUCUCCUCACACCUGCGACCCUUCGUGGCACACACCUGCACCCAACUGCUGCUGUCCGACAUGUGGAUGGGGCGGCUAAACAUGCGCAAGAACUCCUGGUACAAGGUGAUCCUGAGCAUCUUAGUGCCUCCUGCUAUCCUGCUGUUGGAGUACAAGUCCAAAGCAGAGAUGGCACACAUCCCUCAGAGUCAGGACGACCACCAGAUUACCAUGGAGGACAGCGAAAACAACUUCCAAAAUAUUACCGAUGACAUCCAAAUGGAAGUCUUCAAGGAGGCCAGAUCCAACGACCCUGUGGAUACAAAGACUGACAUGGAGACACACGUUCGCUCCAGAAAGCUGCCAUUAACCAGGAAAAUCUACGCUUUCUACCACGCUCCCAUUGUCAAGUUCUGGUCCAACACGCUCUUUUAUUUGGGUUUCUUGAUGCUCUACUCAUACGUGGUCCUGGUAAAAAUGCCCGAAUGGCCUUCUCCUCAAGAGUGGGUCGUCAUUCUCUACAUCUUCACCUCAGCCAUUGAGAAGAUUCGAGAGAUGUUUAUGUCAGAAGCAGGCAAAAUAAGUCAAAAGAUAAAGGUGUGGUUUGAUGACUACUUCAACGUCUCAGACUUCCUGGCCAUUGUGUCCUUUUUCAUUGGCUUUGGAUUGAGGCUGGGUGGAGGGAAAGCCUUUGUCCCAGGCAGGACAGUUUAUUGUCUCAAUAUCAUCUUCUGGUACGUGCGACUCCUCGAUAUCCUGGCCGUCAACCAGCAAGCUGGGCCCUAUGUCAUGAUGAUUGCCAAAAUGGUGGCCAACAUGUUUUACAUUGUGGUGAUAAUGGCCAUUGUCCUGCUAAGCUACGGAGUUCCCCGCAAGGCCAUUUUGUAUCCGCACGAAGAGCCAAGCUGGACGCUGGCCAAAGAUGUGGUGUUCCAGCCGUACUGGAUGAUGUAUGGGGAAGUGUAUGCCUAUGAAAUCGAUGUGUGCGCCAACAACAGUGACACGUCAGUCAAGAGCCUGUGCACAGCAGGAGUGUGGCUGACUCCUCUCCUACAAGCAGUCUACCUCUUUGUACAGUACAUCCUCAUGGUCAACCUACUCAUCGCCUUUUUCAACAACGUGUAUCUCCAGGUGAAGUCCAUCUCCAAUCUGGUGUGGAAGUAUCAGCGCUACCACUUCAUCAUGGCCUACCAUGAGAAACCGGUCCUCCCUCCACCCUUCAUCCUCCUGUGCCAUAUCUACUCGCUCUUAUGCAUGUGCAGAAAAAGAAAGAAGGAGCACACCUACGGGCCAAAAUUGUUUCUCACAGAGGAAGAUCAAAAGAAGCUUCAUGACUUUGAGGAGCAGUGUGUGGAGACGUACUUUCAUGAAAAGGACGACCAGUUUCACACAGGAAGUGAGGAACGCAUACGGCUCACCUCUGAAAGGGUUGAGACCAUGUGCAUGCAGCUGAAGGAGGUGGGCAACAAGGUCAACUUCAUCAAGCGCUCCUUGCACACAUUAGAUUCCCAGAUCGGUCACCUGCAGGACCUGUCUGCUCUCACCGUGGACACUCUGAAGACAUUGACGGCUCAGAGGUCGUCGGAGGCCAGCAAGGUCCACAAUCAGAUCACCCGUGAGCUCAGCCUCUCCAAGAACGUGGUCCCCAGCAUCGUCCCUGUUGCAACAGACACUGGGCCCCAUUCCAAAUCCUCCGUGAUGGGGAAGCAGAGUGUGGGGGCCUUCCUCGGCUCAGCGAACAUCGCAGACUCUCUUUUUGGGAUUGGUGCCGGGGGCUACGGGAUUGAUAGUAGUCGCAGAGAUGGGCCAAGCCCCUUAACAGGACUUGGGCUGGAUCCCAAUCUGAGUCCAGAGAGGAGGGGCGUGUUCGGGCUCGAGCACUCCGCCGCUGAGGCUGGUUCCUCCGGCACCGGUGCCUCCAGUGCCUUUGUCCAAAGUGCCAUUUCCCCUCCGGAGCUGCAUUACCGGGGCCACUCCCUCACCCGCAGCAAACUGACCCGUCCACACGAGCCGGAGUAUUCCGACUCUCCAUCCAGCCUGCCCAACGUGCCCUCGCGCGUGGCGCACUUCCACAUCAGCAGCACCCCCUCCCAGCCGAGCGGCUCCAGCCACCCAGAGCUUGCUCUGGCUGGGCUUUACCAGCAGACGCCUGACAGCGCCGUUGUAGAGUUUGGGGCGUUUGUCGGUAAGUAUGAAAGAGAAUCUGAUGUCGCUCCAAAGAGGAGCGAGGACGAUGAAAACUGUGUGUGUGUGUAUCCUACUGUGGUCAUUGUAUCUAAGACUUCGGGCGCUGCUCAGCCUGCCUGCUCUCCUGCUUGCUACGCGCAGCCUGGCAAUGCACAGGGUGGGGAUGGGGCAUCGGGGUACAUCAAUGAGGCUUUUUGCGAUGAUGAGGGCCGGACAGCCUCUCCAAGUAGAUGCCAAAUAAACACUCGGAGCCAAGAAUAUAGCGGAUGUUCCGCCACCGCCCCUGCCAUGACAGGCCAAUGGCACCACAGACGAGGGAGGAGAGAUUGCGAUGCUUCUCUCCCACGAGGGUCCUGCUCUGAGGGUGAAAAUUGUGACAAGAGGAUACAUGUGGAAGUGCUAACAAGAGGACAUAAAGACUGUUUUGACCUCCAGCGUUCAACACCCAAAGAGACCUGCAGCCCCCAGCGCAGCAGACAACUGGUUCAGCCCGAAGGUCAAGGUCAAAUUAGAGCAGUUAACUCCUAUGCUGGUUUCACAGAGUUUGACAGGAGUCCUGCUUUUCUCCAUCCUGAUUCAACUUUGAGGAAGAGGGAUCGUAGCAGAGUGUCAGCUGAAGACAUCCUCAUUCACGAGGAUCCCCAGACUUCAGUGCCGGAAAGAGUCCAAGUCAAAUCAGCCCAAGCAAGUAGCCUCCAACCCCCUGGGGAGGACAAAUUGCCUGCUUCAGUCUCUCUCUGCACACCUCGCCACUCCCACCUUGGACCCAGAAAGGAUUCCAUUGGGUCACCUUUCAAGCCUAUGGAGAACUACCAGUACUCAGCUGUUGAACGUAACAACCUGAUGCGACUGUCACAGAGUAUCCCCUUCACACCGGUCCCUCCCAGAGGAGAGCCAGUGACGGUGUACCGCCUGGAGGAGAGCUCGCCCAACACCAUCAACAACAGCAUGUCUUCCUGGGCCCAGCGUGGCCUCUGUGCCAAGAUUGAGUUUCUUAGCAAAGAGGAGAUGGGCGGCGGCCUUCGACGGGCCCUCAAAGUCCUCUGCACCUGGUCCGAAUAUGAUAUCCUCAAGCCUGGGCACCUGUACAUAGUGAAGUCCUUCCUGCCCGAGGUGGUCGAGACCUGGCAAAGCAUCUACAAGGAUGAUACUGUGUUGCACCUUUGUCUCAGGGAAAUUCAACAGCAGCGGGCUGCGCAGAAGCUGACGGUAGCCUUCAACCAGAUCCGACCCAAGCCUAUUCCUUACUCACCAAGGUUCCUCGAGGUGUUCCUUCUCUACUGUCACUCUGCGGGCCAGUGGUUCGCCAUCGAAGAGUGCAUCACGGGCGAAUUCCGCAAGUUCAACAACAACAACGGCGAUGAGAUCGCUCCCACCAACCUCUUGGAGGAGACCAUGCUGGCUUUUAGCCACUGGACCUACGAGUACACGCGUGGCGAGCUGCUGGUGCUCGACCUGCAGGGGGUUGGAGACAUUCUGACUGAUCCGUCUGUAAUAAAGAGUGGCGAGAAGGGGUCAUACGACAUGAUCUUUGGACCAGCCAACCUGGGUGACGAAGCCAUUAGGAACUUCCGAGCGAAACAUCGCUGUAACUCCUGCUGCAGGAAGUUAAAACUUCCUGAUCUGAAGAGGAAUGAGUACACGCCUGAGCAGGUGUCUACCCGGGGGACGGAACCAAGGAGCCGCACCAAUCAAUGAGGCUCGUGACGCUGUGAUGAAUCAAUCAAUCAAUCAACUGGAAGAAUCUCGCUUGUGUUUCCAUGGAAAUGGCCAUACGCUGUGUCAAAAAAAAAGAAAUGAUGUUUUGCAUGUGCAUACAUGAGCAUACAUGGUACAAGAAUUAUUUAUUGAUGUUUCUUGAUGUUGCCUUCUUUUCCCAUAUACAUAUAUAUAUAUAUUUACAAAAAAAGAGAAAUCAAAGUGCAUUGUAUAUCUGUUACAACACCGCAUUAUUGUUCUAUAUGUCCAAACAUCUUGUAUCGCAGCUUUUUAUCUCUGAAAACAUGUUUGUUUUUUUUAAAAAAGGGCAGAUUGCAAUGCAACUUUUCCACGACAUUGUAUCAUUUUAAUCAAAAAAAAAAGUGUGUCCGCCCUCGAUUGUUUUUUGUUUUGUUUUUUUUGUUACUAAGGUACAAUUGCAAUAUUUUUGUCAUCACCUAUCAAUACGCGCAAAUGAAUGAAAUCUAGUGUAUCUUAUAGAUACUGUUCUCUGCAUGAGCAUGAGCUUUGUCAUCUUUUAUUCAGGGUACACUUGAAGGGUAUUACAGUGUACAUUUUGUACUGAACAUUUUUAACCAAUAAAAUCACAAAUAAGUUUAACGU